AUGGACUCGGUCGCCAUCCCUGGCGGGGCGGCCGCGUUGCCGGCCUGGGCGGUGCUGGCGCUGGAGGCCGCGGCUUUCUUUGGGCCAGGCUGGGGCCCAGGGCAGGCGGCCUGCCCAGACCUCUCGUGCCCUGCCUGCCCAGCGUGCCCAGAGGCGGCGGCGUGCGCGGCCUGCCCGGAGGCCGCGGCCUGCCCGGCUUGCGAGCCGCCUCCCUGCGCGGCUUGCCCGGCCUGCGAGUUGCCGCCGUGCGCGGCCUGCCCGGUCUGCGAGGCGAGGGCGUGCCCGGAGGCGUCGGCUGGCGAGAAGGCGGCUGAGAAGCUCGCUGGAGCGCUGCUUGGAGGCCUGGUGCACUGGCUGGUGGCGAAGCACGUGGUCUGCCGUUUCGCCGACGACGACGUCGACCACGAGCGGGUGCUGCUGCACUACGCGGCGGAAGGCGAGUGGGUCGUCCUGACCCCAGAUGGUGACAUCUACGCUGAGGACAUGAGCUGUGGGGACCCCGAGACUGGGCCUGCCCGAGCCUUCCCGCUGGCACUGCGGACGCGCAAGAUGCGGAGGCUGUAUCGCUUCCGUGAGGAGCUGGGGCCCGACGAGCUGGCCGACGCGUUGACGCGGGGCCGUCAGGCGGCGCUGGAGAUGGACGCUGCCUUGCCUGAGCCGAGGGAGGCCGUGGCCGUGGGCGGCCAGCGGGUCACCUGGCAGGAGGCUGCUGGUAAGCUGUCGGCCGCGGAGCGGGCCGGCCUGCUGCGCCUGGGCAUGGCCGUGGCUCGCCUGGGCGGGAAGCUGCUGGAGGCUCCUGGUGCGGGUCAGGCCUGGAUCGCCCUCAGCGGCGGGCCCGGCGCUGCGAUCGGAACGGAGGUCGACGUGGCGAAUAUCGAGGGCCUGAGCUUCGAGGACGGGCCCGAGCCGUUCGGUGUGCUGAGGGCCGCCGACGGCGGCAUAGUGCGUCUCGCCCGGCUGGGCGCAGGGCCGGCCCCUGGGCGCGUGGCCGAGGAGGCCGCAGUCUGGCAUGGCCUGGACAGAGGCCAAGCGCGUGCCCUGGGCCCCGAGCGCCGACGCGCUGCAGCCGCGGCGCCGCUCGAGGAUGAGGAGCCCGCCGAGCCCAUGGGCGGCACGGCUGCGCCCGAGCUGGCGCUGCCGCCCUUGGCGGAGCCGCUGGGCGAGGAGCGCGACGCCGACGCCCGCACGCUCUGGGUCGACUACGACGAGCAGGGCGAGCGGUUCAAGCGAUGGCGGGACGUGGUAGGCGAGUCGAGGCAGGAGCGCUACCCAGACGCGAAGGUGGACGGACCGCCUGGGGCUCUCCACAUGUGCAAGCACAUGGAAAGGCACGGUGGCGACCCGCGCCUCUGGCUCGACCUCUUCAUUCGCAUGAAGGGCCUCGGGCAGAAUGACCGCGCGGUGCACGAGCUGAGGACCAUCGUGGAGGCCUUGUACCAGGGCGGGGUAUAUGACCAGUUGAACAUGGGCGGCCUGAUGAUGGUGGAGGUGUUGACACGCCGCGUGGCCGCAGUGGUGGAUGCCUACGCGGACCCGUCCAAGCCGAGCUGGACGAACGCACGCUUCUUCGAGGGCGUGAGCUCGGUGGAGGACGUCUCAGGGCCAGAGCUCAGGGGCUGCGUCCACCGGCGGGCGAAGGAGCAGCACGAGAUGGAGCAGGCGCAGAAUCGGGCGCGUACGCUACGCGGAGCGCCUUCAGAGACAGUCGACGGAGCAGAGGGAGCUGGAGGUGACGCAGCAGGAGCCCGCAGCUUUCUGCCGCUCCCGCUGCUGGGCGACGCAGGCCGCCGAAUUCGCGGCAGGUCUAGCAGGGCGAGGCAGUUCGGUCGUGAGUCUCGGAUUGCGUUGGAGGUCAACGGGAUCGUCGACGCCAUCAACUGGAUGUCGGGGUACGACUCGCAACCUGGCCCAGCCAAUGGCAUGCAGCGGGAUGUACUUGCGCGCUUCGAGGGCCUCGUUCGGGGCCGGCAGCCGGACGCCAAGUUGCAGGAGCCGCAGGCGGCCCUCCGGGAGCUGCUGCGGGGCCGCUCGCCAUAUGACGGGCGCGGCGGCCCGACGACGGCCCUUACCUUCCUGCGGGAGCGCCAAGAGCGCAUGCUACGAGAGUCACCUUUGCCGACCGACGUCGAGCCGUACUUCGACUCGGUCCUCGAGUUCAACCACAAGGAGUGCCGCGGCCUGGUGCGUCGGCUGCUGUCAGCUGGCAUUCUGGGGUGGACUCUGACACCGAAAGGGAGAAUUGGGAUGUUCUUUGUGUGGAAGGAUGGGCGGCGCCGACUUCGCCUCGUAGUCGACGCCCGCCGUGCGAACGCCCACUUCAGGGAUCCUCCUGGGGUGGAGCUAUUGAGCAGCGAGGGCCUCGCCAGAAUCGAGGUGCACAUGCCGGACGCGGGCUUCUCGAGUUACGAGGACCUCCGCGCCGCGCUGGAGGCGCAGCAGGUGUACAUCGGCAUGGCGGACGUGAAGGACUGCUUUCAUCGAAUGCGGAUCGAUUCAGCCCUCUCGCAAUACUUCUGCCUGCCGCCUGUCAAGGCUGGGGCUUUCGGCGUGACCGAAGUCGAGGGGGCCAAGGUGCAGACGUCGACGGCCAUCUACCCUUGCUGGCAGGUCCUGCCCAUGGGCUUCAGCUGGUCUCUCUACUUCGCCCAGCGGGCCAACGAGGAGGUAAGCCGCCGCAGCAGCGCGCUCCUCAGGGGGCCCAGUCUGUCAGACCAUGGGCCACCGCUCGUGUUCGCGCCUGGCAGGGCGCCCCAGGAGGUCAGGCACUACGUGCACGUCGACAACUUGGGGGUCUUCUCGCUAUUCUCUGAGCUCGUGAGCGGCGUGAUGAACCAGCUGACGGGCGAGUUCACCGAGCUGAACCUACUGUUGCACAAGGACGAGCUGGUGCCGGGCAUGGCAGUGGCGCUUGGCACGGAGAUCGACGGCAGCCAGUUGCGCACUCGAGUGACCAGUGAUCGGUUCUGGCGCUGCCGCCAGGCCGUGCGGGGCCUCCUAGCCCGCCGCCGUGUCAAGGGCUGGGCCGUGGAGGCAGUGCUGGGCCACCUAACCUUUUGUGGCCUCUGCUCGCGCGGCACCUUGUCAGCUUUCAAUUCAGUGCACGGCUUUGUGCGAGCCCACUAUGACGAGGCGGCCGUGCUAUGGACCGAGGCGCGGCGAGAGCUGGCCGCCUUCAGCUCCCUGAUGUACUUCCUGGAGGCAGAUUGGUGGCUGCCUUGGAAUCCGAUGGCGCAGCAGUCAGAUGCCAGUCUUCACGGCUACGGACUGGCAAGGGCUUUCUGGCCGCAGGAGCUGGUGGAGUCAGUCGGGCGCGUGCCUGAGCGGGCCCGCUUUCGCCGGCGCUGCGCGCGCAGUGCUCGAGAGGCUGCGCUCUGUGCAGCUGGCUUCGGUAUGAGUGAGAGUGGAAAAUGGGAACUCAAGGGCCUUCCCGAAGAUGAGGAGGAGCUGGGCCAGUGGGACGUUGCGAGGGACUUCCCGGAGGUGCCCGCCCAGGGGCUCCGCGCAGGCCUGUGGGAGCCCUGUUUCGCGAGAGCCUGGCAGCACCCUGAGGGCAUCUUGACCUUGGAGGCCCGAGCCCUGGUCAGCAGCAUCCAUCGCAUCGCCACCACGGCCAGGCGAGGCGCGAGGCUCGAGACGGGCCGCCGGCGCACGCGGCAGCUGGCGCCGUCUCGCCCGGAGCCUGGCCUGCAGCCGUCAGUCCGCGGCCAGGAGGCGAGGCGCACGCGGCAGCUUGUCCCUGCGCCGCCGAUGGCGCCGCAGCCGCUGCCGGCAGCUCGGCGGGAGCGUCAGCUGGGCGAGUCGGGGCUUCUGAAGACGGCUGUGCUGAGCCGCCCCCUGCCGCGGGGCCUGGGGCGAGCGGUGGAGGACCUGGCAAAGGUGCCUGUGCCAGCGGAGCCCGCGCGGGGAGCGCGAGAGAGCGUCGGCUCCUCCGACAGCGGGAGCUCCGAGCCCGAGGUCGUGACCGGCGCCGCGCGGCAGCGCAGGCUCGCGCAGUCGCGGAAGCGCCGAGCCCGCCACUACGGGAUGCCCACCGGCGAGGAGGGCUUCUCUCUCCUGGAGCGGGAGGCCGUGCGAACCCCGACGCAGCGCGAGUACCAGAGGGCCUGGGACGGAUGGCGGGACUUUGCCCGUCGGAGCUGGCCCUCGGUGGACAUCGACGAGGUCAUGAAGAGCAGGGGCGACUCCGUGGUAGACUCGGCGUUGGUGAGCUACCUGAACGGCUUGUACCAGGCUGGGACUCACCUCUCCUGGGCCGAGAAGUUGAUGGCUGGCGUCCUGCACUUCAACCCCGACUUCUCGCGCUACGGUGCCCGGCACCUCCCCCGGGGCUGGAGAUGCCUCCGGGCCUGGCGGCGCCUGGAGCCGCCGCGGACGAGGAAGCCGUGGGCGCUGGCGCUGUGGUGCGCAAUGGCGUGGCGCAUGAAGGCCCGUGGCAGCCUCCAGAUGGCGGUGUUCACUCUGAUAGCGGUGAGCGUGUACGCCCGCCCCAGCAGCCUUUUGCUUCUGAAGCCGGCCUGCCUGGCGCCGCCAGCGGCGGGGGUGCGCGAGUUCUGGACCUUGGGGCUCUUCCCGGAGGAGGAGGACCUGCGGGACAAGACGGGCCUGGGGGACGUGUCGCUAGAGUUAUUAGACUCGCCCUGGAUUCGCUUCUUGGACCCCGUGCUGCGUCAGAUGAAGAAGGAGGGGCACCCCGAGUGCCUGUGGAACUUCACGUACCCAGAGUACUGCAAGAUGUUCAGCCUAUGCCUCCAGGACCUGCAGGUAAAGGCCAAGGUGGUGCCGUAUCAGAUGCGCCACUCAGGGGCCUCGAUAGACAUGGCAAGGAGGUGGAGGCGGCUGGCCGACGUGCAGAAGCGCGGACAGUGGAAGACCAACCGCAGCGUCGUCCGCUACGAGAAGCAUGCACUCCUGGCAGCCACGUGGGCGACCCUGAGCAGCGCGCAGCAAAACGUGUUCCUGGUCUGCGAGGCUCAGCUCGCGGACAUCAUUUUGGGUCGCGCCUCGCCGGUCGACUUGCGGGAGCUCGACCACGCCUGA